AUGAAACUCUACGCACUGAGUGGCGAUCCGGCAAAACCAUGCUACGUGCUCAGCUAUAAAGGCUUGAUGAUUAUGCUGGAUUGUGGCCUUUCCAUAAGCUCUGUGUUGAAUUUUCUACCUCUGCCACUGGUGCAAAGUCCAAAGUUUCAGUGUUUACCUAAUUGGAACUGCCGGGACUCAGAUAUACAGCUCGAAGAUGGGGAAAUAAAAGAAUGCUGCGGAUGUGCGUUCGUCAAUUCUGCCCCAGAGUUUGUGCCACCGCUAGAAAAGCUGAUCGAUUUCUCGGAGAUUGAUGUGAUACUGAUUUCGAACUACACCAACAUGCUUGCGCUACCGUACAUUACCGAAGGAACGGGCUUUUGCGGGACAGUUUAUGCAACCGAGCCGACGCUACAGAUUGGACGGUUUUUCCUCGAAGAGUUGGUUGAAUAUAUCGAGGCAUCGCCGAAGGAAAGUACCGCAAGGAUGUGGAAAGAGAUUCAACAUCAGCUACCGGUACCGUUAAACGAUGUUUUUAAGCCAAAGAACUGGCGCCAUCUGUUUAGCAUGGAUGCGGUAAACAGAAGCCUGGCACGAGUACGGAUGACUGGGUACGAUCAGAAGCUGGACAUAUUUGGCGCCCUUCAGGUAACUCCGAUUAGUUCCGGCUUUUGUCUUGGUUCGAGCAACUGGACGAUCGUGUCGGGACAGGAGAAAAUUUCCUAUAUUAGUGGCUCGUCCACGCUAACCACUCAUCCGCGUCCGAUCAAUCAGACUGCGCUAAAGUACUCGGAUGUGGUCAUUAUGACCGGAUUGACACAAGCGCCGCACGUAAAUCCAGACGCAAUGCUGGGUGAGUUGUGCAUGAACGUGAUGAUGACGCUACGAAAUGGCGGUUCGGUGCUGAUACCAUGCUACCCGUCCGGCGUGGUGUACGAUCUGUUCGAAUGUCUCUCGGUCAGUCUGGACAAUCAGGGCUUCACACAAAUACCGAUGUUUUUCAUCUCACCCGUCGCGGAUAGCUCGUUGGCCUAUUCGAAUAUCUUGGCCGAGUGGCUCUCUACGUCUAAGCAGAAUAAAGUUUACAUCCCAGAUGAACCGUUUCCUCACGCCAGCUUGGUAAAGAACGCAAAGUUGAAACACUUUAAGCACAUCGACUCGGAUGGCUUCAGCACCGAGUUCCGACAGCCGUGUGUGGUGUUUUGCGGUCAUCCGAGUUUGCGGUUCGGAGAUGCGGUACAUUUCGUUGAGCUAUGGGGCUCGAAUCCCCUACACACCAUCAUCUUUACCGAACCGGACUUCCCACACAUGCAAGCACUCGCACCGUACCAACCGCUUGCUAUUAAGACGGUGUAUUGUCCGAUAGAAACAUCGCUUAACUUCCAGCAAGCGAACAAGCUAAUAAAAGAGCUGAAACCGGGCGUGCUAGUAAUACCGGAAAACUACACCCAACCACCGGCGAUAGCACCACAAAAGUUGGAUCUUGUCAUUGACCCAAUCCCGGACAAAAUGAUCAUAAAGUUUAAGCGGGGCGAAGUGAUUAAGCUUCCGUUAAAGCGAAAACGUGGACGCGUCUACUUAAAUCCUAAAAUGGCAAAGGCAAUAGUACCGCAGGAAGUUCAACCGGGUGUGACCGUUUCCACCAUUACCGGGUUGCUGCAGGUGAAGGACAACAUACACGAUCUGCUUCCCCUCGAACCAACCAAGGAAGAAUUGGCCGAAGAGCAUAAAUCGAAACCAUCCGGUCCACCGCAACCGUACAGCCAGCUGCGUACAGUUCGAUACGAAUGGGGAACGCUGGAUAUUAAUCUGCUGCUGAAAAAGCUCGCCCAGGAUGGUUUUACCGAUCUGAAGGUGGAGCAGGGUAGUGCGGAGGAAGUGACGCUUGUGCUACCGUCCGAGGAUACGGUGAUCAAGGUGAGCGAGAAAAGUACCGAAAUCGUUUGUGGUGGAAAGCAGAGUCUUCGGCUAAAGUUGCGCGAUUUGUUGCUACAAUGUGUGCAAAGCUUUUAA